AUGUUGAGCCUGCAGGGUCAUGCUGCAUCCUUUCCCGACGCUGAGAAUGCCGUUGACUCACGAGUGCUGGACAUUGAGGAAGGUCUGCUUGUGCAGCUGGGCGCCAGCGACAUCGCAGUGUUGCAUGAUGAGGUUCUUCUGGUCGCAGCAAAGCCCGUAUUCAAUCCACACGCCUUGGAGGUCGAGAUUCUCAACAGGGACCAGGCACUUCGUCUGCCCGAGAAGGCCGUCGUGCUAAGCCCCAUCCUCGAGCUCCGCCCUCACAAUGUGCGCUUCGAGGAGCCCGUGUUGCUGAUCUUUCCGGUUUGCGUCGGUUCCACGAAGGCCUGGCGUUCUCUGGAAGGUGGCGGCUGGGAAGAGCUUCGAGAUGUCGGCUUUCUGGCUGGCCAUGUGGUCCUUCGCUUGGAUCAUUUCUGUCAGGUGUUUGUGGGAACCGAUGAGCCACCAAAGGCCCAAAUCAAGAUAUCUUGCUACAUGAAUGAUGGUCUUGACCACAUCUGGGCGGCCAAAUGGGCCAUCACGCAAACGGGCUGUUGCAGAUGCAAGCAGAUGUUGGCCGAUUGCUUCAGAGAUGAGGAAGUGCUGCAAGAUUACAAGCUUUGCCAGUGGACGGUUCCUGCCGGAACGUUUGCCCAGGGCGACAGUCUGAAGAUCUCGUGGCCGGAUUGCCCGGACUAUACAGACCCAGAGCCCGGCAACGUCAACUUCGAGCGCUUUCCACUUGUAGCUCCCAUGCCUUGGUUGGGGCAGCAGCCAAGUGUCGAGCUCCGGAUCGAAGAUGCUAAAGUCUACUUUCGCAAGUUCUGUUUGGUAGAUGCCAGCGUUCGUGGACUAGACCAUUCAGUGGAGAAGCAGGUCUCUGAAGUGUAUGUCACCGGAAACAGCAAAAGCAACGUUGAGGUCGGAACUCACAGUGGGAAAUCUGGCCGUGCAGUUUCUUUCACGCCUGCAGGCCAACUUGGGGAUGUGCCAGUCUCCACGCGUGAUCUCGUGGCUCGCGUCAAGGCCCCAACUGAGCUGUCUAGCUCGCGGCCAUUCAUCCGGAAGGUGCGUGGCAAGGAAACAAGUACGAUCGUCAAGAUCAGCGCUCAGGCUUCCACAAGCAUCCCGGACGGAUCAACUGCCCGACCAGCCUUUUUCAGCCUGCGCUUCGACAACAGCCCUGCUUUCCAAAUGGCCAAAAGCAUCUACAGACUCUUGUCUUCAUACAACUACAAGGUGCGGUUUGUCGAGGCCGGAUAUGGAGACGAUUUUGGUGAGAUGGUCAGGGAGUACCUCUAUGAGAUCAAGAACGGCGGAGGGGUCAUUCUUGCGGUGUGCACACGGCGGUAUGGUGAGAAGACCGAAUCCAAGUUCUCGACGUUUGAUGAACUUAGUUAUGCGGACUCUCAUGGGGUCAAGGUUGUCCCGCUGAAAAUGGAAAGCCCUUAUCCUCCAACACCUCCAGGCGAUCCUGCCAAGGCACUCAUUGACAAGGUACUGAAACCGUCCGUAGCCUAUUUGGAUUGCCUCGGCAAGUCCGAAGAGGACAUCGCUUUGAAAGUUGCGAGACUGCUGCUGAGCAAUUGA